GUCAGUGCGUUGCUCAAUUUUGCCGUUUGGAAAUUCAAAGUGCACCAAAAACAGACCGCCAGUGUUCGCACUCGGGGCUCGACACUGUGCUACUUUCGUAAAUGAAUGGGAACGGAGCGCAUUAUAUCUCUCACACACCUCUGGGAAGGCACCAUCAUCGGAAUGAAUUUUCGAACGAGCCCAAGGAUGUGGAUGCUGUGGUAUCCAGGCUUUGCAGCUGACGUCAUCAGCCACGGCCAUUAGCUUGGCGGCCAUCUUGCCGGUCACAGGUUCAGUGCCCGGUCAACGACUCACACACGCUUUCUUGUUACAUCUGCUGCUAUUUGAGCUUGAAAAUGCCGGAAACCUGCUGUGUUGUUGGAUGUAGCAAUAGACGAGGGGAUAAACCAAAUCUUAGCUUCUAUAGAUUUCCGGCAAACAUCAAAAAACGCGAUAAAUGGAUCGCGGCGAUUUGUCGUGAACGAUGGAAACCUACGAUGUACACAAGGAUAUGCAAUGAGCACUUCAUAUCAGGUGCAAAAAGCGAAGAUCCACUAUCCCCAGACUAUGUGCCAAGUAUAUUUGAGCAUACCCAGUCACCUCCCAAACGAAAACUCAAACGUUCAAUGAAGAUCUUUGAGAGAAGACAAAAUCUCAAGCAUCGCAAGAGAGACCGCGAGAGGUCAUUGGCAGCAGCACUUGGCAAUAUUUCCCAGUCUGUCCCUUGUGAAAAUGAUCAACUACCCGCUGGUGAAGAUGUGGUGCACGCUGAGAUUCGAAAAGAAGGCAUGGUGACUACUGCCACACAGACGGAUAUCACUGGCGAAGCAAUGGAUUCCCUCACUGCAGAGUGUAAAAAUCUGCGCGCAGAACUUGAUGAACUGAAGGACAGUUUGAAACGCUCUACAUGGAAGGAAGAAUCUUUCAAGGAUGAUGGUGAAAAAUAUAGUUGCCCUUGGAAGCAGGAGUCAGAUUUCCUUCCAAUUAAAAAGGAGGAGGAGGAGGUGCCUGUUCACAGAAGAGAGGAGGAGGAAGAGGUCAAGUCAUUAUUGACCUUUGUUAUUUUCAAAAGUGAAGUCGGGGACAAUGAUGAGAGUGAGGAGAACAGGGGGGCGGAGCCUUUGAGCAGCACCUCGAGCGAUGUGAAAAUAGAAGAUGAUGCAGACCACUGGGGACCAUCACAAGCACAAAGUGAUGACACAUCACACUCCGCUGACAAUGACGAUGGUGGUCAUGUUGGGGCUAAUGACAAAGAUGAAGACUGUAAUGAUGAUGAGGAUGAUGACGAUGAUGAACUCUUUGAAUGUUCUCAGUGUGGGAAAAAAGUUCGCUCCAAAUGUUAUUUGAAGAUUCACAUGAGAAAACACACGGGAGAAAAACCAUUCAUCUGCUCGAUUUGUGGUAAAAGAUUCUCUGUAAGGACAGUUUUAAUAAGUCACACAAGAACACACACUGGAGAGAAACCUUUUUCCUGCUCAGAUUGCGGGAAAUGCUUUUCUGCAAGUGGAACUUUACAAAGGCACUUGCAAAGACAUAGUGGAGAAAAACCUUUUGCUUGCUUUGUUUGUGGUAAAAGUUUCUAUGCAAAGGGACAUUUAGCAAGGCACUCACUUACACAUAGUGGAGAAAAAGCUUUUGGCUGCUCUGUUUGUGGCCAACGAUUCUCUCAAAACUGUAAUUUGAAAACACACCGAAGAACGCACACUGGAGAAAAAGCUUUUCCUUGCAUCAAUUGUGACAAAAGAUUCUCUAGUAAACAGCAGUUUCAGAUGCACAAGUGUUCUGGUGAGAAAAGUGAUAGUUGAAGCUAUCAUAAAAACGGGGAGAAACUGACACCUUUUGGUCAACUGUAAAAUUGUCAGUUUUUAAUAAAAUAAUGAAAUCCAGUUUUUUAAAAGACGAUUUUUAGAUGUUAUUCUAAUUUGAUCAGUGACAGAUGAAUCAUGUGAUGUAGAUUACUGUUUAUUUCAAGCAUGUCAAUAAAAUACAAAUGUUUUCGCC